CUCUCUCUCUUACGCAAAAGAGAAUGUCUCGACCGCUCUUUCAACGGCCAAAAUUGCAUUCUUCACUAUUGCACCAACAUUGCAGCUUCCUACAACCGUUUUCCGUGUUGAUUUCUUCAAGCUUUAUGCUUAAAUUUCAUGCCUUCAAAGCACCCAUAUAUACCACCUUUGAUUACAUGUUUCCCAUGUCAUCCUCAACUUGUGUUUGCUCUCUCUCUCUCUCUCCAGACCAACCUCAAUGGAGACCAUUGCAGCAGACACAUUUUCACCCUCUCUCUCAUCCUUAGAUUUUGUCUGGCUCCUCUUCGUUUACAGCAAUUUGGUAGUGGAGCUUAAGAAUUUCUACUCUGGCUUACUAUUCUCCAUUAGAAACAAGCUCGAAUCUCUCUCUACAUUAAAGGCUCUUGAAGAAAGAAACAUCUCAAAGCUUGAAACCAAAAUUCGGAGAUCAAACUCUAAAUUUUGCUCGACUAAUAUUACACCACAUGUAGAAGACAUCGAAAUCGAAGCUGAGGAUAUCGAUACAGUGAUGGAGAGGCUUGGACUAACGAGACAUGCAAAGGAGAGAGAAACCCAUUUUAGUGAGAGAAUCGAGCGUAUGGGUCGGGAGGAAUUCUCGAAUUUGUUCGAGGAGCAGGAGCCCAGCUCCGAGGAAUUGAAGGAGGCCUUUGCUAUGUUUGAUGAGAAUAGAGAUGGGUUCAUAAGCCCAUCUGAACUACAAAAGGUUCUUAGCAAGUUGGGGUUCGACGAAGGAACCAAGCUCGAAGACUGCAAAAAUAUGAUCAAAGCAUUCGACGAGAAUGGCGAUGGCAAAAUCGAUUUCCAAGAGUUUGAGAGCUUCAUGGAAAGCAGCUUCUCCUAAUCUUCUUUGAUGUAAAUAUUAUUGUCAUUAUUAAUUUAAUUUUUCUCUAAGACAGAGAGAAGAGCUCAUUAUUAUCAUCCUUGAUUUAAUUGAUUCAUCUAACAAAAAUAGGAUAGUGUUAAUCUGAAGAAUUGGAAAUAUAAGGUAUCAUUAUUAAUUA